GGCGUUGUGUUGAUGUUCAAAAUUUAUGGAAAAAAAAAUCGCUUGUGUUUUCAUUCGUCUCGUUCGUCGUCGGGCUGCUGCAGUUAAAAGUUCUUUAACUUUUAAUCACGAUAUUCCCAAAAAUAAUCUCUAUUCUUGAUGAUGUAAUAUAGUUUUAGUGCGCCAGUAUUCGAACAACAGCUAUCGGAGGUUCUGCACCAAGCAAAAUUCACUUUCACAACAUGUCGCUGGAACCAUCGGCUUGUGAAGAUUUGAAAGCAUUCGAACGGCGAUUGACCGAAGUUAUCGCAGCAAUUCAACCCUCUACUCUUCGAUGGAGAAUCCUUUUAGGUACAAUGUCCUUGGUGACAUUCGUAGGAGCAUUCUACUGGCUGACUGAUCCCCGUACCUCGAUAGUUCCUUUGGUUGAUUCACUGUGGAACCAUCCGGUGUUUACCGUAUCGACAGCAAUAUUACCAAUCCUUUUCUUAACACUUACAGUACUCCUGUUUGUACUCGGUAUUCAUAAGCUGGUGAUUGCACCCCAGAUCAUCACGUCUCGCACCAGAAGCGUCCUAGCCGAGUUCAACAUGUCCUGCGACGAAACCGGCAAGCUGAUUCUGCGGCCUCGGCCGACUAACAAUUCGCGGUACAUGGAUAUGAGCCUGAAUGCGGCUCGAUCUCUCUCUUUGCCUUUCUGUUCCAGCUCCGAGAACCCUCAAUAGCCCGCUCGCUAGCUGAUAAGAUAUAAUAACUAACUAACUUAUAUGCUGCGCGCAUUUUUGUGUUCAACCCAUUUUGCUAACCGCAUUUUCUAAUUUCGUUUCAUUGCUUCUCCCUAUUUCCAACUCUAUCUUCUACUACAGCUUUCAUUGAGUCGCUUCUUCCUCUAAAAAUCCUAUUCCUCCAAAAAGCCCUAAUUUUUAGUUCGAACCCUUAAGCUUCAUUUGACCCGACCUUUUCGUAUAUACACAUCCGUAGAUUAAGCAACGCCGGCACUCCCCGUAGUCCCAAGAAAUCGAAGCGCUAACCAUGUUGUUGUAGUGUGUAAGAGAGUGUCUGUGUAGACUUUGAGGCUCAGCUGAUUCCGGCGAUCGGUACAGGAAAAGUGGAGACAAAAAAAAAUCAAGACUAUAACCAGCAGACGGUGAACUCAACAGCACCCCAGCUUGGACGAAAAUCAUCUUCAUCUUCGUGUGGUGGACCGGGGUCCGAAAUUUAUCGACGACGACCAAAGCGUUUAUUGGUGGUGGACCAUUCAGUAGUUACGAGGAUCAAGACAAACGGAAUCGCAUGCUAACACAUACACACACAGACAACUGUUGUAAAUGUAAAUAGACAAACCAGCCUAAUAAUAGUAGACGAAAAAAUGUUGUCCUCUUAUCUUUAUUAGUUGAACUUAACAAUCGAGUCGAGACUAGUGUAUCAACCUUUGCAACUAACAGUUUUUUUUAUGUUGAAAAAAAAAGUCUUUUCCAUUGUCCGAAUACAUUAUACAAUUUUGGGUUUAUUAUUAGAUUAAAUAAAACACUUUUUUUAAUGAA